GGACGGAUGCUGAGGCUCAGGCCCAAGGUACGCCGAAGGCGGAGCAAGAAAACUCGAAGGAGGGCGGGGUGAGAGGGAUUUUGAAGAGACUUUGGCGCUGAAACAAUUAAAUACAAACUGAAAAAUAUACAACUGGGCGCCUUCCAAAGGCCACCGAAAUAGCGUAUAGUCUAUGGCGAGUGUGCCUGUUUACAUAAAAAACUACCACACCUAGUGGGAUAUGAUUAAGUUCAUUCCCAGGCAGGGGCGCGCAUACUACGUGAACGGCAAACUCUGCAAGCGAAUUUGGAUCCCGAUUAGCUGUUAGUGGAUCGCGGUCGCGGGUGGUCUAGUCGCGUCCGAUCACAGUGGCGCUUGCGAGCACUGCCUGUGACAGCAUUUAUUUAUAUGUCUUGUUGUACUUGCAUCUUCACCAUGAAAUUCACGUCCGCCCUUGUGCUUUCGUUCAUUGCCACUGCGCAAGCAGCGACAUCACUUUCUAGCCCAAUCCUGCCCAGCGGAAUCCCAGCUACAUCAAGCGGGCUGCCUUUGAGCACCCUUUCUCUUGACACCACAGCUUUUACUUCGUUUAUUUCCUCUAUCAUCUCAUCCGGCACUAUCCCUGCUUCCCUUCCUACCACCAUUCCUACUUCCCUUCCUACCACCCUUCCUACUUCCCUCGGAACUCUUCCCACUUCCCUCGGCACUCUUCCCACCAUAACGGCUCCUUCAUCCGGUGCAUCCACAUCAACUGCGACAAGUGCACCAGCUGCGACAACCUCUAGCGGUGCGGGACGAACAGAGGCGGGGCUGGGGCUGGGAUUGGCUGCCGGAGCUGCUGCGGGAUUGCUUGUGUUGUUCUAAUUAAUGAGUACAUUUUUGGUGGUGACGCAUGUACGUAUUCGUGCGGGAAGAUCACGUCCAGGGGUAAAAGUCGAAAGGUCUCACGUGUGCAUGCGGGGCAACUGCGGACCUUUAUUUAUUUACCUGACGAUAUUGAAAUAGACUUUUAACGGACGCGCCUGCCCUCGGGCUGUUUUCCUGGCCAGCUGUGCAAGUUAGUUCCUCUGACUCUAAUCCUGUGUCGAAAAGGUACAGUGAGUCUGAGCACGGCAAGUCUGUCAGACUCUGGCCCAGUUUUAUUCCUCGACCCUCGGCGUGUCAGCAACAGUUGCCGUCAACCUCCACGAAAAGAAGUUGCCUUGCAAUUCUCUGUUGUCUAUAAAUCUAGCACUGGAUACAGCGCUGUCUUCCAUGGACUCUAUUUCAACUCUUAAUCUGAACCACCCGAAACACCACAAGACACGAGCUUCUGUA